GGCAGAGGAGGGCUUGGCGCUGAGAGUCCACCACCCGAGCCCACAGAUCUUGGGGGGCAGCGGCCAGGACCACCAUGGCUCAGCCGUGCAGGCUGGGCCUGCUCUUGGCGCUGCUGCUGCCCGUGGUCGGUGCCUCCAUGCCGGGCACCGUGGUCAGACUCAACGAGGCAGCACUGAGCUACGUGUCUGAAAUUGGGAAAGCCCCUCUCCAGCGAGCCCUACAGGUCACUGUCCCGGAUUUCCUGGACUGGAGUGGAGAGAGGCUUCGGCCCACCAGGAUCCAGAUUCUGAAUGUCCACGUGCCCCACAUCCACCUGAAAUUCAUUGCUGGUUUUGGCGUACGCUUGUCGGCAGCAGCCAAUUUUACUUUCAAGGUCUUUCGAGGCCCAGAGCACCUGGAGCUGCUGCUGCCUGUGGUACUCCAGGCCGACGUCCACGUGGCCCAGGGCUCCAUCGGGACCCCCGUGGUCAGCAUCUCCACCUGCUUCUCACUCUUCGACAAUGCCAUCGUGCUUGACGGCAGUAACAGCAUGGCCCCUGCGCUGCUGGUGCCGCUGCAGCAGCACAUCAACGCCGUCCUGCGGGACAAGCUGUGCCUGAGCAUUGCCAGCCUGGUGCAGGACCUCAAUGUCCACAUGGGCACAGUAAUUGGCCUCACCCCUGUGGGUCCUGAGUCGCAGAUUCGCUACUCCGUGGUCAAUGUGCCCAACAUCACUAAUGACUACAUUUCCUUGGAUCUCAAUGCUGUUCUCUUCCUGCUGGGCAAGCCCAUCGUCCUGCCCUUGGAUGUCACCCCCUUCGUGCUGCCAGAGCAUGUGGGCACCAUCGGCGCCAUGGCAACCGUGGGCCUCUCCCAGGACCUGUUUGACUCUGCGCUUCUGCUGCUGCAGAAGGCUGGCGCCCUCAACCUGGACAUCACCGGGCAGCUGAAGUCGGAUGACAACCCGCUGAACACCUCCAUGCUGGGCCAACUCAUCCCCGAGGUGGCCCGCCAGUUCCCGGAGCCCAUGCCCGUGGUGCUGAAGGCGCGGUUGGGUGCCACACCCGUGGCCAUGCUCCGUACCAACAAUGCCACGCUGCGGCUGCAGCCCUUCGUGGAGGUCCUAGUUCCAGCCUCCAACUCGGCUUUCCAGUCCCUCUUCUCCCUUGAUGUGGUAGUGACCCUGAGCCUCCAGCUCUCCGUGUCCAAGGUGAAGCUUCAGGCGACCACGUCUGUGCUGGGAGAUGUCCAGCUCACGGUGGCCUCCUCCAAUGUGGGCUUCAUUGAUACGGAUCAAGUGCACGCACUUGUGGGCACCGUGUUCGAGAAGCCCCUGCUGGACCACCUCAACGCUCUCUUGGGCAUAGGGAUUGGCCUCCCCAGUGUGGUCAACCUUCAGUACGUCACUCCUGAGGUCUCUGUCUAUGAGGGCUACGUUGUGAUAUCCGGUGGACUCUUGUACCAGCGCUGAGGCCAGACCACUGGGGGGCUAAGAGUGGGCCAGCUCACUGAUGCCGGGAACUUCCUGCCUCAAGUCACUUGGGAAACUGAGGCAAAGCCACACUUAGUCAUCACCAGCAGCCCGGAUGCCCAGCCAGGCUGUUUAAUCUUAACCGAGUAACUGGGUUCCCUUUUCUCACCGCCCCCCACCUAUCCCCUUAUUCCCUCCCUCCCCUCCUUGUAGGGAGCAGAUCGCUCCUCCAGGUUGUACAGACCUGUUCCCUUUUGCAUUAAACAUCUUCACUUGA